AGCAACACCCACAACAAGUACAAGCAGAAGUUCUCGGCCGAGGAGGAGUUCCCGGACCUGUCCAAGCACAACAACCACAUGGCCAAGGUGCUGACCCCCGCCCUCUACCAGAAACUGCGCGACAAGGAGACCCCCAGCGGCUUCACCCUCGAUGACGUCAUCCAGACCGGCGUGGACAACCCCGGCCACCCGUUCAUCAUGACCGUGGGCUGCGUGGCCGGCGACGAGGAGUCCUACGAGGUGUUCAAGGAGCUUUUCGACCCCGUGAUCCAGGACAGGCACGGGGGGUACAAACCCACCGACAAGCACAAGACCGACCUCAACCACGAGAACCUCAAGGUGGGGGGCGCCCCCAAAUCUGGGAGGGGUCCCCAAAAAUUCUGGGAGGGG